GUCGGCCGCGGUGUGCCGUGCGUACUGCGCUCCUCUUUCCCUUGAGGGGUGUUGGGUCGGUGGGAGCUGCUCUGAGUUGGGGCGUAGUGUAGCGGGAAGAGACGUCCUGCCGUCACGGGAGAAGCUAUGAGCCCCGAAGAGAAGCCGCCGCCCGGCCGCUCCCACGAUGAGUGCUCACCUCAGCCUGCUGCCGGCCGGGGCCGAAGGCGAGGCGGUUUGCUGACAGAGAUCCGCACGCCUAUCCGCACCGAGCCCUUCCAGCAGCGCUACAGCCUCAGCCCCGGCAGGGAGCUCGGCAGAGGAAAAUUUGCAGUGGUGAAGAAAUGUAUCCAGAAAGACACCGAAAGAGAAUUUGCAGCAAAAUUCAUGAGAAAAAGAAGAAAGGGCCAAGACUGUCGGAUGGAAAUAAUCCAUGAAAUUGCAGUCCUUGAAUUGGCACAAUGCAAUCUUUGGGUCAUUAACCUUCAUGAAGUUUAUGAAACUGCAACUGAGAUGAUUUUAGUCCUGGAAUAUGCUGCUGGAGGUGAAAUCUUUGACCAGUGUGUUGCUGAAAGAGAGGAGGCCUUCAAAGAGAAAGAUGUGAAACGACUAAUGAAGCAGAUCUUAGAAGGAGUUUCAUUCUUGCACAGAAACAAUGUUGUUCAUCUUGACUUAAAGCCACAAAACAUUCUACUAACCAGUAAGUCUCCACUGGGAGACAUAAAGAUAGUAGAUUUUGGCCUUUCCAGGAUAGUGAAGAGCAGUGAGGAAUUAAGAGAAAUUAUGGGAACUCCAGAAUAUGUAGCUCCUGAAAUUCUGAGUUAUGACCCAAUCAGUACAGCAACCGAUAUGUGGAGCAUUGGAGUACUGGCAUAUAUUAUGCUAACAGGGAUAUCACCCUUCUUAGGGGAUGAUAAACAAGAAACAUUCUUAAAUAUAUCUCAAAUGAAUGUAUGUUACACUGGAGAAGACUUUGACCUCAUAUCAGAGUCUGCCGUGGAUUUCAUGAAAACUUUGCUGGUGAAGAAACCAGAGGAACGGGCAACUGCUGAAGAAUGUCUCCAGCACCCCUGGUUAGAACAAAGUGAUGAACCUACUUGCAGGGCCUGGAGUAAGAGUGCAAGAAGGGAGAACAGUGAUGUCAUCCAGAAAAAUGCAGAUUCUGCUUCUGAAAAACCUGUAGAUGUUGAGAAAGCUGAGGAGGAAGAGUCAGUGAUUACAGAAGAGCUAAUUGUAGUGGCUUCGUAUACAUUGGGACAAUGUAGGCAGUCAGAAAAAGAAAAAGCAACUGAGCAGAAAGCCAUUUCCAAACGAUUUAAGUUUGAAGAACCACUGCUGCAAGAAAUACCAGGAGAAUUCAUUUACUGAACUAUGUGUUACUUCAUAGCAGUGUGUUCUACUAAGCAAAAAUAUCCUAGCCAAGGUAAUGUCUGAUAUGCAAUGAAUGUUCUAGAUAAAAGAAAAUGUUGAUAGGUGGCAUCUAAUGAGAAUGUGCCAACUUUUUAAUUUCAUGGAAGAAAUAAACAAGAUUUCAAGUGGCUGGCAGGAAUUUAACAAAGAUGAAAGCUUAUUUUUGUUUGUAAUUUUUAUUUCUGUUGUUGUUGUUGGUUUUUUGUCUCUGGAUAGCAGACAAAUUCUUUAUUUGUUAUUUGCAUUAAUUGCUUUGUUCUGGAGAAGUUGACAUAAGAAGAGUUUCCGUGGCAGAUGUUAAGAGAAGUAUAUUUUAGGAUACAUUUUGUCAUGCAAUGCAAAUAUAUAAUGCUGGGUUUUCUCAAUUAUUUCUUAGCACUCCUGACUUCAGUGGAUGUAUCUACUGAUCUAAAAAAUACAUGAGAUAAUUUGACUGGUUUGACAGAUUUCGAAAUGAUAUAUAUGUGUAUAUUUACAUUUUCAUCACCUCCAAAGACUUGGAUAUAUUGUGUAGUUAAACAGUGAGCUAGGUUUCUCUAGUAAACAAUGCAUGUGUCCCACAGGUAAAGACCGUCUUAUCAGUAGACAAUUCCAGAUACAGUAAUGACUUUGGGAGCAUGGUCAAGUUCCGCUCUGGAGGGUGGUAAAUCUCCUGAAGGCAGUCUCUUGAGAAACUACAGACUGCUGUUUCCUCUGUCUCCUAUUUUGGGCCAGGUUCACUAACAGAAACCAGUGUAUCUGCACAUUGCUGAUGAGUGGGCAACAAAGAAAAUGACAGUCAUUUGCAGCAGUUAUUGAAGUUCUCACUCCUUGCUUCAACUUUUUAGUUCGGGCAGUUUGUCCAUCUGAUGGUAAAUCAGCCCUUAAUUUCUGCCCCCACUUCCCUGCCCUCCCAAACCCAACUGAGGAUUUAUUGGGAGCAUGAGGUCAUUGCUGCCUUCUUUUUGUUCUGUUCUAACUGCUGCUUUAGAAAGAAAGAAGCAUCCUUAGGCUAAAUUGCAUAACCUUUUUCAAUGUAGCUAUCAGAUGAGGAAGAAGAUGCUAUAACCUCUGAAACAAUGAAGCACAACUCGUACCUCAUGCUUCCUAAUCAUUCCCCCUUAGACACUUGGGAAAACCAUAUGUAUACAAUGGGGUGGAGUUGGGUUAGGGAGCACUAUGGAUGGGUCAUAGUUCUCAUUGGACACAGUCCCUCACGGAAUAAAACCAGGAAUAACCAAGCAUCAGAAUUGACUGAUUUUUGCAGUGUAUGAAUAUCUGAGGAUCUUGGACUGAGUCCUGGUUUUCUAAAAAGUCUUUCGUAUUGAUGCUGUUCCAAAAUUUAAUUUUUAUGUAAUUGAAAUUUAGUGGUAUUAUAUUGCAUACUGUUAACCAUUCAAUUAUUUAUUUGGUUUCCAUGUGCUAUUCCUUUAUAAUAAACUCUGACAAAAGUUUUCUUGCUGUAAAACAAUGAAAAGAAACUCUUAAGAUAUGUUUGUUUUUUUGUGUGUUCUUUUUUUUUUCCUUGUUGCUGCAAACUUUCUCAUUUCAAAUGUACUGGUAAUGUUCUAACUAUAGGGAACAGGAAAUUCAACACUCUGUUGUUACUGUUCGUUCUUCACACAAAAUUAAAACAGCUUAUUAGUAACAAAGACAA